GAAAGAAGUGGCAUUCCAGGAUGAGGAGAGCAACAAAUUUUGUAGCAUUGCUGCUAUUUCUGGACUGGGCAUGGGCUCAGGUGGAGAUCAGAGACAGAGAACAGGUCAGAAUCAACCCUGACAUUUGGGCUGAGCUGAAAGAGCUGAGAGACAUGGCCAUAGAGCAAAAGCUGGAGCUAAGGAACAGCAAGAGCAAGAUAGAGAAGCUGGAACAAGAAAAUACAGUUUUAAAAGCGUCAGUGAGGACCAGUGAGAGUCAGCUGGACGAACUGAAGAGAAAGAAUGCAGAUCUCCUUGCCAGAGUAACAGCAACAGAAAAUCAGAACUCAGUUUUAAAGACCAGACUAAGCUCCAUUGAGAGUGCAGUUGAGGAACUCCAGAGGGAAAAUGCAGACCUUCCAAAGGUGGCCUUCUCAGUUGGUCUUACUGAUGUGGGACGGAUUGGACCAUUCAAUACUGAAGUAACACUUAAGUUCACUAAAGUCUUCACCAAUAUCAACCAGGCCUACAACCCCACUACAGGAAUCUUCACAGCUCCUGUCAAAGGAGUCUACUACAUCAGAUUCAAUGCAUGGGAUGCACGGCAAAAUAACGUAAUGGGUGUUAAACUGUUUCACAACAGCAAGACAAUGACUCAUUGCUACGAUUCAAAUGACCAGUAUGACUACGUCAAUGUGUCCAAUGCAUUUGUUCUUCAACUGGAGAAGGGGGAUGUAAUCUACCUGGUUCUCCGCUCAAACUCCAGCAUAUGGGAUGAUACUAAUAACCGCACCACUUUUAGUGGAUUCCUCCUAUUUGUUCUGUGAAAUCAGCCAUAAAAUACUCACAGAAAACGGCAUUAAACUACACUACUAAAAUACGUGCUGAUCAAGAUUACUAUGCUUUAUACCAGUGUUUCCAACCAUUUUUUUCUUGGACCCCCCCCCACCAGCACCAGGACCCAAGGGAGAAGAAAAAGAGACACACUGCUGUCAAAAAUCAACAUCGAUUUUAAAUGUUUCACUGAUAAAACCCUAAAAAAGGCUAUGCAUGCUUUUCUUAUCAAAAAAACUUUGAAUAAACUACUU